AUGGAUAAUUCUUCUUCUACUACGCGACUCCCUCCAAUUAUUCAAACCAAUACAACAGACAACUCAUCCUCAUCACCACCACUAAGUCACUAUUCUUGUUAUCAAGAUCAUUCAACCACCACCGACAACAACAACAACCGGAGACCUAGUUUACCACCACCAAAUACAUUAGCACACAACAACAUGGUUGAAAGUGAACCACCACAACAGCAUCAUCAUCAUCAUCAUCCCCAGAGUAUACAUGAUGAACAUGCAACAUCGGUAACAAAAUGCUUCAACUGUCAAACGACUACAACCCCUUUAUGGCGACGUGAUGAUAACGGCCACACCAUAUGUAACGCUUGUGGUCUAUACUUUAAGCUGCACAACGUACAGCGUCCGGUCACCAUGAAGCGCACUGUCAUCAAACGCCGUAAGCGUUUUAGCGUUGUGAAUCUUCGACAACGUCAACAGCAGCAGCAAACGUCAUCAUCUUUGACAGCUAUGAAUUCUGUAUUACAUCAUCAUCAGCAAGAGGAUAACACCAUGCCAUCAUACCUACCUCCUCCAUCCCACGAACACAGCUGGAACCAUCACACCCAUUCUUCAUCACCUCCUUGCUUCGAUGCUCACAAACCAUCAUCAUCCAUGGAAUCCAAUGAUCAUUACCUCUAUCAGUCAGCAGAGCAACAUCUUCCACAUUUCAGAACAUUGAUACAGGUGUUGAUGGGCGAUCAACAAGAAACAUCAUCAUCAAGGGAUUUCAGCACCGGUUAUCAUCAUCAACAACAACAACAACAGCAAGAUGAUGAUCAAUCCCACGUUUCCAAGGCUGUCAUGAUGGCUGCCACCCUUCUUUUCGAUCAAGGAAAGCUCCGGCAAGAAUUGCAAGAGAGGAAAAAUAGGCUGCUUGAAGAAAUAGAAAAUGUCAAUCUAUUGCUCUCACAAUCAUCCAGAGUGCUUCAAGUGCUUGACACCAUCGUCAAACCUUCUCAGCAACAACAAACAGCACCCUCUUCUUUCUCAUCUUCUACUACUGCAAAAUCAAAUAUGGCACCACCAGCACCACCCACCAUCAUGGAUUAUUCUGAACAGCAACAACAACAGCAGGAUCCUCACAUUCGAGCAGCAUUCAAUAUUCUCAGCUCAUUACUUCGUGAACAGCAACCCAUUGAAAACAAUAAUGAUAAUAAUCCAUUGCUUCCAUACUUGAUGAUGCUUCUUGAACCUUCAAAUCACACUCAGCAACAAAGGACAUCAAUGACACGGACAUCUUUUUCUACCCCAGCAGCCCAUGCAUCAUCCUCUUCUCAUCCUGAUCAUAGUAGUAGCGGACCAUCCAGUAGUAUAUCUUCUUCAUUUUCUCAUACCCAACAAUACCAUCAUGAAGAACGACGUCCAUCUUCUUCUUCCUCCUCUUCACGCCAUCCCCUAUCAUAG